UCCUGCUUCCGUGCUUGCUUUGGUGUUAUAUUAAGGGACUGCGGACGUUAAUCGGGGAUACCGAUUGGAUAAGAGGUUCUCAUCCCGGAUUGUACAAAUAGAGUUCGAGGGAAGUUACUAAUUUACUUGUAAAUUGGCAGCCGCCGGAUUUGUAGCAUUGGUUGUCAGUGCAGUGUAUACCAACGAGAGACAACAUGAACAUUGUUCUAUGCCUUUUUGCCGCUAUUUGCAGCUGUAAGUGUUUUUUGGCGCACUCUUUGGCUCUCCCAUACAGUACACACGGCCUUAAGACUGCCAGGAAACGAAAUUACGAAAACGACGCUGGCUGUGUCAGUAUCCAACAGCUAGAAGUAUUUCAGAGUCAAUUUUACAACUCAGUAGACAAAAACCAGGAUGGAAAGGCCAGCUUUGAGGAAGUGAAAGACUAUCUGUCUAAAUACAACCCCGUUAUCAAGGACUCCGAAAUAGGAAAGUUCAUAAAUCGCAGAGAUAUUAAUGGUAACGGGAUAAUUGAUUUUAUUCCGGACUACAUAUCAGAGGUUGUGUCGCCUUCAUAUGGCCUCUCGAAGGCUAAGGAAUGGUUUCAGUUGGAAGACUCUAACAGAGAUGGAUUUGUGUCCAGGAGCGAGUUGAUUCAGAUCGCUAUUAAUGUCGGCCUCUCCCCCCGGGACGCACGGGACACAGUAGAUAUGUUCUAUAUGACGGGGGAUAAGAAUGGUGAUGGGAAACUUAAUUGGGAAGAAUAUUCUUCCGUUGUGAUGUAAGAGAGGAGAGGAAAUGUAUGGGACAAUUGUUAUGCAGUGUUUCGCUAUGUGAUUUUGUUUCCAUUUUUUUUUUCGAAAAUAAACCCAUUGACUCCAUUGAUGUGUUUCGCCAUUUCUGUCUC